AUAAUUCUAUGCAUUUAUUAUUAAAAAUAUUUUUCCCAUUUUUUCUUACAAAUACGCACAAUUUAAGAAUGUAAAAAUAAAAGUUUACAAUUUCUUUUAUUCUUUAAAAUCUUAGCUAUUUUUAUCAUUAUUAGCUCAAAUGAUUAAGAUUCAAAUCAACAUUAUACAAAAAUAUUGUAUAAAUUAAGGUUAUGUGCAUAUAACUAUUAUUAAUAAUGUUAUAAUAAUAGUUUGUUGAUAAAGAAAAAUAAUGCAUUUUAGUGAUAAUAAAUGUACAUUUUUAAUUAUUUAUUCUCCAUGUGUCGCGAUGUGAAAAUUAUUUUUUCGUGCCUCUUUGGUGCGACAAAUUAUUAUUCUGCGACACAUUUAGUGAUUAAUUCGACGAAUUAUAACAACAACGAUAAUAAUUCAUGGGCUGAAAAAAUAAUGGAGGCAAAUUAUGAUGAAAAUUUGUCUGAAAAUCCCUUCUUUCAAGAACUUCAAACUGAGCACAGGUCAACUUUUGAGAAAGCAAUAAAUGAAGGUUGGAUUAUCUGCGUUCCUCGAUGCGGUAGUUUUACUAGAGGAUCUCUUCUGGAAGAUGAUUUUUUGAGUCAUAUUUUAAUACCUAAUGAAGAAAAACCAGGAACAUCUUUUCAUACGCUCACUGGAAGAGAGGUGAAACUGUGCAAUCGAGUCUUGACAAUUGAAUAUGAUAUUUCAAAACCAUGUUCAUUGCAUAUGCUUUUCGAGGAAACUUUCUACACCGAAAAUCUUCAUAAAUAUGUUAUAUGGUGCAUAGAUCAUCCACUGGAGCAAGGUGCUGGUACAUCUAGAGAUCAUGUACCAGUUGUGACGAAUCUACGAGAAUCGAAGGAUCUACUUUGGACGGAAGUUUUGAAUAAAACUGUACUGCAAGAUUUAGAUGCUGAAAUUGAGGAAUUUAGUCGCAGUCAAGAUGAUCUUGAUCAUAAACCUCUGCAUUUGCAAAGGGAUUUAGUUGCUUCUCUCUAUGCGAAGAGUUUAAGAGUUCUGUUAAAGGACACAAGACUACGUGAAAGAACCACGGGCAGUCGUUAUUUUCUUCAAACAAUUAAAAUUGCGGCUGAAACAUACAUUCUUCACAGUCUUCGAAAUAUUCUUCCCCAAUCAAUUUCGACCAGUACUGCUUUCGAGGAUGCGAAUUUGAAUAAAAUAAUUAAGAACCUUCAUGAACUGCAACUUAAAGAUCUUGGGGUGCGAUCGGAUCUUUGUGACGGUGUUUCAAGAGGGAAAUUGGAAUUAUCUCGUCUUGACAUUUUUAACACAGUUUUAGGAAAGAUUGGCUGUCUGAGAAGGGCGAUUAAGUUCAUCUCUCAGGGUGAAACGUCUGUUUCUUCCGACGAUUUGCUACCUGUUUUAAUAUUUUUGGUUAUUAAAUCAGGACUGCCGAAUUGGAUGGCACAAAUAACUUUUAUGAAACAUUUUCGAUUCUCUGCGAAUUCUGUUUAUGAAGCUGACGAAGCGGGAUUUUUGAUAACUUCUUUGGAAGCGGCGGUUGAGCACGUCAAGUCGGGAGUUUUGACUGGUUCUUCUCAGCCGGAAGCAGACAAUGUGGAUAGAGAUGAAGUGGACUUUGAAGUUAAUGAGGAUAAGAGAGAACAAGUGACGUUAAGUUAUUUGUUGAAUCGAAUAAAGAAAGGUGAUUUGGUGGAAAUAAAGCGUAUAUUGUCUAAGACGAAAGAGAAAUCAAUUAAUAAUGAGAGUAAACUUUGUCAUCCACUCUGUACAUGUGACACUUGUGAGAGAAUUGUGGCAAGAACGUCGCAUUUAAAUUGGCCGACUUUGAAUUCAAGGGACGAUAGAGGAUUAACUGCGCUGCACAUUGCGAGUCUUUACGGUCAAGUUGCUGUUGUUGAUUUUCUCAUUCGACUUGGGGCUAAUGUCAAUGAUGCUGACGCUGACGGAGCAACGCCCUUGCACUGUGCUUCAUCAAGAGGCUAUCAAAACACGUUGCUCUUGCUGCUACACGCUGAGGCUGAUUUAAAUGCCACUGAUACGAGGGGAAACACACCACUGCAUCUCGCCACUGAUUAUGGUCACGAGGGCUGCGUCAAAGCUCUGCUUUAUUUUGCUGAACAAAUAAGACUCGUGAUUGACGUUAACGCCGCCAAUUUUACGGGCGAUACCCCUCUACAUUACGCUUCAAAAUGGGGUUAUGGCGAAAUUGUCGAAAUUCUCCUAGAUCACGGAGCUAACCCCAAAGCAAUAAAUAGAAGAGGUUUGACUCCACUCGCAGUUUCUCACAGCACUUACGUAACUAGAAUGUUGCAAAAAACUGGAAGUAACGAUUCAAGUUUCCUUCCACGUCCAGUAAGAAAGGAAUCGAUAAAAUCUGAAGUGAAGGAAACUGCAAAAGUAAAAAAACAAGUGGACUUUGCCGAAUUCACCGCUGAUGAUAGUCAUAAGAUCACCAAACUACUCUCAAGUGUGACAGAGGGAGAUCUCUGUUUAGUCUCAUACUAUCUAGGUUUGGAUGGACCACUUAAAAAUUCCCUGGAACAGAAAUCAAAUUUUUGUCAUCCUCUCUGCACUUGUGAGAAAUGUGCUUCUGCAGAAGAGGUUUUUGACAAAGAAGACAGAAAGCCUCAUUUGGGAAUAAACACUUGCAACAGUCAGGGACAAACAGCACUGCACGUUGCUUGCGAAAAUGGACACGUUGAAAUUGUCCAAUUAUUAUUAGACGCAGGGGCUAAUGUAAAUGUCACAAAUAAAAGCAAAGGACAAACACCUUUGCACUUAGCUUCUUUGAAUAAUCACACAAAAGUUGUGAAAUUGCUUUUAAAUUGUGGAAAUUGUAAUAUUAACGCAAAAGAUGAUUCUGGAGACACACCAUUACAUCUUAUGAUAAGAAAUGAAAAUUCAAAAGUUGCAGAAUUAUUACUAAGGCAUGGAGCAAAUGCACAAAGUAAAAAUUGUCAUGCAAUUACACCUUUAGAAGAAGCUGAGAACAAAUUGUCCAAAGAUGAUAAUCUUUUUAAUUCUUCUACUCCUCCGAACAUCAUUAAAAUCUUAAAAGAAAAUUACCUGCAAUAAUAUUUGCAAUUAUUUACUAAAAAGUUAAUUUCUUUGUUUCAAAAAAUUAUCAAUCAAUUGAAACUUGGAUAAGUGCCAAAGCUAAAGUGACUAAAUAGUAUCUCCUAAAAAAUUAUAUGUAUAUAAAUAAAAAAACAUUUCCCAAAUUAUAAUUACAUUUUGUAAUUUGGUUACUAUAAUUAUACAUAUGUAAAUUUUAAAGAAUUUUCUAAUUCUAUGGAAAUAAGGGUCUCAAUAUUUUGUAGUUUUA